AUGGUGCAAACGAGAGUUUUCAAUGCUGUCACACUCGUUGUACUUCUGGCUGUAUCGUCCUUGUUAUCAACUGUGCAUGGUAGUAAUGAUCCACUCAUCGUUUCCACUCAACAAGGAAAAGUGAGAGGUUUUUUCGCUAGUCCAUCCAUUCGAGCCUUCCUCGGAAUUCGAUUUGCAGAAUCCACUGCUGGCUCAAAUCGAUUCAAGCCUCCUGUUGAACUACCUGCAGUUCCAUCCUCUACAACAUUCAAUGCAACUUCCUUUGGAAAUGUGUGUAUUCAAAUUCCAAGCGAAAACGUCUACUCUCAACCAUUCUCUGAAGAUUGUUUGUUUUUAAAUAUUUGGACACCCGUGAACAUCUCCAAACCGUUGCCUGUGUUUUUCUGGAUCCAUGGAGGAGCAUUCAAACAAGGGUCAGGAAACAUCUACAGUGGUGAUUACUGGGUUCAAAUUGCACAAGAUGCACAAGUACCCAUCAUUCUGGUCACUUUCAACUAUCGCUUGGGAGUGUUAGGAUUCUUGAAUGACCAAAUGUUUUUGGAUGAAAAUGGAAAAACAUCGAGUAAUUGGGGCAUGUUGGAUCAAUUAGCUGCCUUUCGAUGGGUGAAAAACAAUAUUGCAAGUUUUGGUAAGUACAAUUCAUGCACGAACGAACUCGAGUAG